CGUGAUACGACUUCAGUAGCGCCGGUCAAUUUUCUGGCGAUGCCGAGCAGUCAGGUACAGCGACGAGCAACAACGACCACUCAGGACACUUGAGUUCCCUCCAAGGAAAAUGCAGAGGGUCAUACGCCGUACUGUUUUGGCAAAGAAUCAAGCUAAGCGGAAGGCAACUAUCCUCGAAAAAAAUAAACGACGCGAAGAUGUCAAAACCCUGAUUCAGCAUCAAACGCAAGGCCAGAAUGCAAGGAACAAAAGAGAGAAAAAUGCUAGGCUCAACCGACGAGAAGACUGGCUGAGAGGCCCUCUAGCACCGAAGCGUGAUUCGGGGCUAGAAGAGGGAUAUUACGGGUCACUAGACUCAGCCGAUGUGCAAUUUGCAGUCAUCCCUGAGCACCUACGAAGACGCUAUAUCAACAUUGCAAAAGGAGAUCGUGUAUGUCUCCUUAAAGGGCCAGAUCAAGGAAAGAUCUGUGAAGUUUCAGCUGUCGACCUUACCACGGAAACCAUUCAGCUCAGAAAUAACAAUUUGGCUCAUGUUUACAUACCGGACUGGGCUAAAAAAGCAUCCCAAGUGGAGAACAACUUCACAACUAUGGAGCUAUCCCUCCCUAUCGAUGAUGUUCGCCUCGUCGUUACGUUAGAAGAAGAUGGCGUCCCCUACGAAGCGAUUGCCGAGCACGUGUACGGAGGUGCGCCAUUCCUGGAGCAAACUAAUGAGGACACUCCAAAACACACCAGGUAUAUUGCGGGAGAGGAUAUACCCAUUCCGUGGCCACGCGAGCAUGUUGUCGAUAAUAAGUUCAAAGACACAGAAGCAGACAGUCUUCGUCGUGAGGUUGAACACGAAACGUGGGAGCCGACACUUAAAUACGCUCCCUUUGAAAGCAGCAUUAUGGACGAACUCAGGAACAAGUACUCGAAAUACCGAAAACGUCACGACCCAGAAUGGGUUUCAGAAAAGGAAAUGGAGGAUCUUCAACAGGAAUACCUCCAGUCUAGGACAUUGCUGACUCCUCAAGGCGAGCUCAAGCUCCAUCGUGCCGCCCAGAAGGCCGAAGCAAGAAAGGCAAAACUAGACAAGCACGGGAACUACAUAAUGAGCCAGGAAACCACCUCUUUCAUUGCCAAUUUCAUCAAUGGAAAUUCGGAAACAAGAUCGGCCAUGGAUCUCGCCAGGCGCAAAGCCCUCAAGCAAGUCAUAGGAUAGUUCUCACUUUCUAUCAAAGCGUGUAUUAUAGAUAAAUUGUAUUUCACUUUACAAAAUAUAAUCAAGUUCAUUACCUA